AUGCAGCUAUCUUUAAUGUAUCCAGGUCUCUGGACACUGCUUCUACUACUGAUGUCCAACCUUCUCCUGUGGAAAGAUGUGUCCUCGUUGCCCAACUGUGCAAUACGUAAUGGGCGCUGCUUUGCUUCUCUGGAAGAAAUGCUUAAUCUAGCAGUCAGUAUGUCUCAGGACAUAAGUGAACAAGCAUUUAAAAUGUUCACUGAAUUUGAUAAUCAGUAUGCCCAGAGUCAUCAGCUCAUUAAUAGGAGCCUCAAAAAAUGCCACACAUCUUCUCUCAAUCUUCCAAAACCCAGGAGUAAAGCCCUGCAGACACAUCCAAUCGUCCUACUGAAAUUAGUGAAAAGCUUAUUGGCUGCCUGGAAAGUCCCUAUGUACCAUCUAGUGAAAGAAAUGCCUUCCUUGAAAGACGUCCCUGAUACUAUGCUCUCAAAAGCCAGAGAUAUUGAGCAAAAGAGCACUGGACUCCUGGAGGGGAUCAAGAGUAUUCUCAGCCAGAUUCAAAGUAAAGAUGAUGGAGAUGAGAAAUACCCUGUCUGGUCUGGACAGGCAUCUUUGAAGUCCGACACUGAAGACGCUCGCCAGUUUGCAUUUUAUAAUCUGAUCCGAUGCGCAGGCAAAAAUGCUCAAAAGGUUGAAAGUGCUCUCAUGAUCGUGAGGUGUCAAAUAUUAAAAAAAAACAACUGCUAA